GUCGCCUUCUAAACCCCCCCCAAAAUCACCCCGAGCGAGGCCCCAAUCCCACCAUGAAGUCCCUCACCUGGACGGUUUGCCUUGCGCUGGCCGGCACCGCUCUGUCCCACGCCCACCACGACCACGAGGAAGCCAUUCCCGACCAUGUGCGCGAGGAAUUGCUGAAGAAAUGGGACCAGGAGUACACUUUCACUGGCAUCGCCAGCUUCGCCCACCUCAAGCCAGUCAAGUGUCUCGUCGAGCCCGAUGAGCGAUACGACAUCGCCGUGAUCGGAGCUCCCUUCGACACCGCCGUCAGCUACAGACCAGGAGCCCGAUUCGGCCCCCGCUCCAUCCGGGCGGCCAGCGCCCGCCAAAUGGCCGGGACGAGCUACAACACGCGGGCGGGGAUCAAUCCCUACGCAUCCUGGGCGACGGUCAAGGACUGCGGUGACAUCCCGGUGACACCAUUCGAUAACGGCCUCGCGGAGCGACAGAUGUACGAAGCGUUCCUGGAACUCGGAUCCCGCCCGGCCCUCACCCCCGCGACCUCGUCCCACGGAACAAAGGGCAUCUCCGCGGGGAAGUCCAAGCUUGUCACCCUCGGCGGCGACCACAGCGUAGCCCUGCCCGCUCUGCGCGCCCUGUACCAAAUCUACCAGAAGCCCAUCACGGUGCUGCACUUCGACGCGCACCUCGACACCUGGAACCCAGUGCGCUACUCGGCCUACUGGCUCUCGGAACAAUCGCACUUCAACCACGGCAGUUUCUUCCACAAGGCCAGCCGCGAAGGCCUCAUUUGCAACUCGACCUCCGCGCAUGCGGGUCUCCGCACACGGUUGACCGGCGUCGACGACAGCGACUACACCAACCCCGGCCCGGAGCAGGGAUUCAUGCGGAUCCACGCGGACGACAUCGACGAGCUAGGUCCCAUGGGCAUCGUGAACCGCAUCAUUGAGCGCAUCGGCCUCGACUCCAAGCAGCCCGUGUAUCUGUCCGUGGACAUCGAUGUCCUGGACCCCGCCACCGCCCCGGGCACCGGCACCCCCGAGCCCGGCGGCUGGACGACCCGCGAGUUCAUUCGCAUUCUGCGCGGAAUCGAGAAGCUGAACAUUGUGGGCGCGGAUAUCGUCGAGGUGUCGCCGAGCUACGAUAACAAGGGCGAGACGACGGCGUUGGCGGCGGCGCAGGUCGCGUUCGAGAUUAUCACCAGCAUGGUCAAGGCCGGGGCUGGAGAGGAGCUCGGCGGAUGGUACGGCCAGAAGGAGGCUGUCGAGACGGCCGAGAAGACCGAGGUUGAGGAGGAGGAGGUUGUUGUUGAGAAGGAGACCAAGGAUGAAUUGUAAAUGAGAUAUGACGCUACGUGUAUAAUGAAUUGAG